AAGAAAACUAUUUGCUUUAAAACAACAUCGAAUACACUGAAGUAUUGCUGUAAUGUCGUCUUCUACAGUUUUCUGGAUCCUUCACAUAUGUAUUAUUGAUAGUAAAUUGUGUCAUCUUGUUUUGCGUCUAUUUGGGUAUUUACAUCCCCGUACGCAAACUGGUUUCAAGGCUAUCCUGCCUUCUACCUUUUCCAGGCAGUUUCCAAGCAGUAUCAAUCAGUCAGGCAGUGAGCAGUCAAGCAGUUUUUAAAGUUUUAUACUUACUCGUUUCAUUAGAAUAUAGAGAUCUUUUAAGAAACUUAGAAAAUUUGGAAAAUGGAAGAAUUGAGUCCUCUAAGAGGAGGAUUAGAAGAAUUGGAAGAGGAUAUUCUAGCAUACAAGGAGAAUCUUUCUAAGCUAAAAUCUCUUGGAGGAGCUGUAGUGCUAAAAUGGGGAACUAAAGAUCGACAAGAAAUGCAGGAAACCAGGAACAACAUGCAGACAGAAAACAGAAAAUUGGAAGAAGACAUCCGGAAAAAAAUUGACACCCUCUGGAACCAUAAUGAAGGAUUGGGAAACGAUGCAGCAGCUUUUAUGAGGACAGCUUUACUUGAAGCUAGACAAAUAGAGAUCGAUUAUAUUCAAAAGGUCCAAGAACAACUGAUAAAGCUUUUAAAAAGCUUGGGUGUUAUUACAACCAGAGAAUAUGUUGAAGCUGUUGAGGAUAUUGGAAUGCUAAAACCAGAAAAUGUUGAAGAUAAGGAUUGGAACCAAGUUGAAGAAAGAAGACAAGAACUGGGAAGUUUGGAUAAAACUUUAAUUAUUCUUGGUGAAACCUUGAUCAGUCUUGAGAGAGGAAACCCAAAAUCAAAGGUAGAGGAGUUGGACAAAAAAUCCGAAACAGAUCUUUGGACUUCAAAGCUUAAAGUAGCUGAGAGUGUUGUUGAAACCUUUCUAGAUUCUACUUUAGCUAAACAUCUACAGGGCCGGAGGUUUAAAAUCGUAAGUAAAGGAAAUUAUAUAACUCGCAACAAACUCUAAUUUUCUCAUCAUUAUAUCUUUAUAACUUGAUGGAGUAAACAUUUG